AUGGGAAACCCCUCCAACAUUUAUUCUAGAGCUCCCAAGAGAUACACCCCUCAGAGGCCCCUUGUGGAUCCUCACAAGCGCCCAAACUUCCCCCUUUUCAGUAAAUACCUCCAUAUUCUCAGGAUCCGCCCAAUAAUCGAGCACUAUAUCGAUAUUCUCUCCUCUCUAUAUAAAGGCUACUUUCCUCACAGACAAGCAACCGAUUGUCUCUUAACCUUUCUCAAAAGAUUUGUGUUUUAUGAUGACCUUGUUUGCUUGUUUGAUGGGUUUGACCUAAUGCUACAAAGCGGUCUUGCUUACUUUAUGCGCCAAAGACACCUUGACUUCCCGGGUUUAGAGAAUGUUCUGCUUGUUAGAUUGGGUCAAACUAAGAUUCUAAUUCCUGAACCUCGGAAAGCCCUAGAAAUAGCAAGAAGAGCUCAAAACGUCAACAACCAAGAAAUUUAUAUUUGCGCAAAGGCAGCAAUGAGUGAAAGAGUUCAGCCACCACCUGAAUCCCGAGUCCCUAAUAUCUACAUACCUAGUUCUAAAGCUAACUCUGCCAAUAAUGCUGAUAGUAACAAUAAUGAUGUUGGGGUCACAAGCAAUCGCAAGAUUUGGUUCGAACCGAUCCUCAAUAUCGUCGUUUAUGAUCAAAGCGCGCCACCUAACAGUGGACCAGAUAGUCUAUUAAAUAUUGAACAACAGGAAUAUUCUAUGCAUAAAGAACAAAUUAAAUUGAAGAAAAGAGAAGAAUUCAUGGAAGCUCAGUGGUUACGCAGAGGAUCUCAUAAUAAUAUUUCCCAGAACAUGGGGGGUAGAAUCGAGGAUACAAUUCCAUCCCCUAGCGAAAAUCGUAUAUUUUUUACCUCCACUGGUGAUAACAACAAUAAUAAUAAUAUUCUUCGAGAAGAUAACACUUUCUAUGACGAGAAUCAAAAAAAUAUUAAAAAAACUAGAAAUAUCAAUACUAGUGAAAAUAAUCAAAUUUAUAGACCUACGGCAAUAGUUGCAAAUCAUUAG